GAUGUAACAGCAACAGCAGCAACAGCUCAUCCAGUUCAUAACGAAAGUAACGAUAACAAUAAAAAACCCGUUAUAAAUUUCACAUCUAACGUUCACCGUUUAGUAUCCGAUUCUAAUUCCAACAUAACGCAAAUCUCCUCACAAACCUUAACUUUUUCCAAAUUAAUUCGAACUUACAGAGAUCUCGCAAAAGCCAGACUUGCGGCUCUUGUAAUCUUAACCACAAUGUGUGGUUACGCAAUGGCUCCAAUGGCAACUGAUCUCACAUGUCUUUUCGCUACAACGGCAGGAACGGGACUAUGUAUAGCAUCAGCAAAUACAUUUAAUCAAUUAAUGGAAUCAUCUUAUGACGCACAAAUGUCACGAACAAGGAAUCGCGUACUUGUACGAAAAGUAAUAUCACCUUUACAUGCGACUUCAUUUGGUACAAUAACAGGAAUAACGGGGGUUGGAAUAUUAUCUACCAUGGUAAAUCCUUUAACGGCAAUUUUAGGACUUUCUAAUAUCUUAUUAUAUACUUGCAUUUAUACUCCUAUGAAACGUGUUUCGAUUGUAAACACAUGGGUUGGAUCUGUUGUUGGCGCGAUCCCUCCAAUGAUGGGUUGGGCUGCUUGUACGAAUAGUUUGGAUCUAGGUGCAUGGAUAUUAGGUUCAAUUUUAUAUGCGUGGCAAUUUCCUCAUUUUAAUGCGCUUGCUUGGAACAUGCGUAACGACUACGCUAAAGCUGGAUACCGUAUGAUGGUUGUCAAAAAUCCUUCUUUAAAUAGUCGUGUAUCUUUAAGAUAUAGUUUAUUGUUAUUUCCUUUAAGUUAUAUUAUUCCUUACAUUGGAAUGACAUCUUGGUGGUUCGCAUUAGAUUCGACUAUAAUUAAUUCUGGACUUUUAUGGGGUGCAUUUAGAUUUUGGAGAAAUUCUAAUGAUAAAACUGCGAGAGAUUUAUUCUUUGGUAGUCUUGUACAUUUACCUGUAAUUUUGGCUUUAAUGAUGGCUCAUAAAAAGAAUUGGAGAACAAUGGAUGAUCAAAAUGAUGAUUUGGAAAUCAAUUCAUUGGAAAUCGAUUCAGAAAUAUAA